AUGUUCCAUUCAACGAGUGAGCUUGCUAAUCGUAUCCCUAUCGAAAAGGAGAAGUCUCCUAUUAGUGAAGAUAGUGAAACAUACGAUUGUGAUAUGUGCGAUUCUGGUGGAUGGACAAGUGAAACAGAAAUCGAAGUACACAAACACAUGAAGCAUAAACAGGAAAUGUUACAUUUGCUUUAUCAAGACUCCGAUGAAUUGUGUGAAAUAUGUCUGAAAAAAUUUGAUAGUUCAGAUGACUUAAAGAAGCAUAUUAAAUCUGAACAUCUUCUUAGCUCUGAAGAUGCUGUCCGUGUUGAAAGAGAGCUGUUUAUUUGCGAUAUAUGUCAGGCUUUCUUCUUCAACAAAAAACAGUUGGCCGUUCACAUAGUCCACUGUCAUAUCGAUAUAAAGAAAAUAGAGUGUGCUCGCUGCAAUCGAACAAUACCAGUAAAAAAUUUAUGGUUUCACUAUAUACACCAUAACAUACAGAGUGUUGCUACUUGCGAAAUAUGUUUUCUUAAGUGUAAAGAUCGUAAAGCAUUGAAAGAACACAUCUUUACCCAUAGUAAAUAUUUUCAUUGUGAGAUAUGUCAAUAUCAAACAAAAAAGGAGGAUUUAUUUAAUAAUCAUAUUCAGUUGAGACACAAACGAAAUUUUUCCAAUCUUCCAACAUAUAAUAAUAUAGACAUAUAUUUUUAUCCCACAUCUUAUACAAAAAAAUUGUCUAGGACAUCCCAUUUCCGUGGGUUGAUGCUGUCAAAUGAUUUUAGAGUUUGUAUAUUGUGUCGAGAAAUUUUUAACAAUUUAGUUAAGAUGCAAAUGCAUAUAUAUGAACACGUCAUGGGAAAUGAAAUUAUUGAAAAUAAGUAUCAGUGUAUGUGUGGAGAGGUAUUCUCAAAUAAGGUACUUUUAAAACAGCAUGUAUUUCAGUUAAAAGGAAACCAUGGUCCUAAACAUUAA